AUGGGUGUAGCCCAUCCAAUAGCCCAUCCAAUUUCCGAAUCUAAGCAACAUAAUUCUAGCUCGGAAAAGCUUAAGACUAUGGCGUCGGGUUCUGAAACGUACCCGGAUUCCACGAACCUGAAGUUGCAAGAGCUGUUAAAAGAGGUUCAGCUAGAUUACUCAGCUGUAAAUACUGCAAUCGUUACUGCUGAUGUUGCAUCCGGUUUUGUUCGAGAUGUUGGCGCGGAUAAAGUGGAGUUUAAGUUUAGGACGCCCAAGUCCUUAGAAAUUGGGGGGAGUUAUUCAAUUCAGUGUGCUGUCAGGCCGGAUGUGAACAUAGAUCUUUUCUUGAGGCUCCCGAAGGAGUGCUUCCAUGAAAAAGACUAUUUAAAUUAUCGUUACCAUGCAAAGAGAUUCCUCUAUCUAUGCAUGAUCAAGAACCAUUUGAAACAGUCUUCUAUAGUCCAAGAUGUAAAAUGGGUAGCUUUUCACAAUGAGGCACGCAAGCCGGUGUUGGUUGUUUAUCCAGUUACUCGAUUAUCGGACAACACUGUAUUCUCCCUGAAACUAAUACCCACAGCACCCUCUCUAUUCACCUUAUCAAAACUGAACCCUCAGAGGAACAAUAUCCGCUCUGUGAGUCAAGCUACGCCGAGGUACAACAGCAGUAUUUUGGAGGAUAUGUUAAUUGAGGAUAAUUCGGAAUUCAUUAAGAAAACUUUUGAGGGACACAAGGAACUGGGGAAGGCUCUGUUACUAUUGAAAGUUUGGGCUCGCAAAAACUUUCUAUUUGUUCAUGACUGCCUAAGCGGAUUCCUGAUCACUGCCAUUGUUGCUUACCUUGCAUCAAAGUCUGGUAAAAAUCGAAUCAACAGUUCAAUGAAUGCCGUGCAGAUUUUGCGCAUCACAAUGGAUUUCAUUGCCAAUUCUAAGGCAUGGGACAGUGGACUCUUCUUUCAACCUGAAGGCGAGAGAAGUAUUUCAAAGGAGAAGAAAACCCAGUUGCAGUCAUUUCCAAUAAUCAUUUGUGAUUCACUUUUGAACUACAAUAUGGCAUUUCGGAUGUCAACUGGUGGUUUCCAAGAGCUUCGUGAUGAGGCUGCUCUAGCACUUGCUUGCAUGGAUAAAUGUGAAAGUGGUGGUUUCGAUGAGAUCUUUAUGACCAAGAUAGAUUAUCCUGCAAAAUAUGACUGUUGCAUUAGAUUGGACUUGAAGGACAACCAAGAUUUCCACAUUUCUGGAUUUUGCUUGGAUGAUGAAUGUUGGAGGUCUUACGAGCAGAAGGUGCUUGGGGUCAUUGAUCAGGCGUUGAAAGGGAGAACUAAGCUUAUUAGAGUAAUCUGGAGAAACACCUCUGGUGAAUGUAACUUUGAGAAUGGUCUAUCGACACCAAAUGGAGAAUCUAUGUUUAUUGGAAUUGUAAUUGGAUCUGUGGAAGAAGCGUUCAAACAGGCAAUCGUUGGCCCUAGUCCUGAAGACAAAGAUAAGGCUGUGGAAUUUAGGAAGUUCUGGGGAGAUAAAGCUACGCUAAGAUGGUUCCGUGAUGGUAAAAUUGCUGAAGUUGCAGUUUGGGAGCAUGAGGAAUGGGAAAAACAUCUUAUUAUAAAGGAAAUAGCUGAGCAUGCCCUAAUGCGCCAUCUAUCUCUUCCGAAACAGAACAUUGUUCCCAUUGUCGAUCAACUUGAUUUUGUUCUUUCCUAUGGGAAUAGAGAUCCAAUAUCCUUUUCCAAAAAUUUGUUUAAGGCAUAUGAAGAACUGUCUAAGCUUCUGCGACUUCUUGAGGACAUUCCUCUGAAGAUAUCCAGCCUGGAAGGUUCUGGAAACUGGCCAAUGGAUGAGGUUGCGAUGGAGAAAACCAAGUCCGCGUUCCUCCUUAAAAUUGCAGAAAGGUUGGUUUUCAUGUAAGUUUGGUCAAAAAUUGAAAAAUAUCCUAAUCUAUUUACUUAUACUGCCUGGCAGUCUUCACACCAAAAAAGGAAUUACCAGUACAGCUACAGAGGACGAUGUUGAUGUUCUUAUGUCUGGAUAUGCAUUUCGUCUAAAAAUUUUGCACGAGAGAGGCUUGAGCUUGGUCAAAAGACAAGGUGGUGCCCAAAACAAGCGUGUUUUAUCUUCAGAUAAAAAGCUUUUCCUUCGUAGUCAGCAUUCUAGCAUGAUUAAUGGUUUAAGAGGUCGUUAUCCAGUAUAUGGGCCAGUUGUUCGGCUUGCAAAACGCUGGGUAUCUGCACAUCUAUUUUCAAACAUAUUGUCUGAAGAGGCAGUUGAGGUUUUGGUCGCGCACUUAUUUUUGAAGCCUUUACCAUUCAGACCACCAUGCUCCCGAAUAACUGGAUUCCUGAGAUUCCUGAGGUUGCUAUCCGAAUACGAUUGGAGUUUCUCUCCUUUAAUUGUCGACAUCAAUGGUGAUCUAACUCCAGAAGAUAGCAAAGAAAUCAAUGAGAAUUUCAUGUCAACUAGAAAAGGUUGCGAAGAGAAUCUUCACAAUGUUAAACCUGCCAUGUUUUUGGCAACUAACUAUGACAAAGAAUCUGAAGCUUGGACCAGCCAGUCACCAUCUGCAGCAGACCUCAGGAGACUCGCGGCAUAUGCAACCAGCAGUGCUAAUUUCUUGAACAACAUCAUUAUGAAGAAUCAAAAGGAUCAUUACCAAUGGGAAUGCGUUUUCCGAACACCUCUGAACAACUACAAUGCCGUCAUUCUUCUGCACAGGGAUAAACUACCUUAUCCACAACAUCUCUUGUUCCCAUCUGAAGUCAAACUAGGGAAGAAUGUGAUAAGUGGAAAACCUAGCAAAACUUUCCAACCUUUCUUAUUGCCUGGAGACCUGAGAGGGAGCCCAGAUGAACUCAAAAAUAAGCUAAUGGUGAACUUUGACCCGCUAAGAUAUUUUGUCAAUGACAUCAAGACGGAGUUUGCGGACACAUUUAAUGUGUGGUAUGACUCUUUUGGAGGUGACGCCAUUGGUCUCACAUGUGGAAAUAGAAGUUCGAAGAAACGAGGAAGGGAUGGUGAUGGAGGUGAAAACACUGAUCUACUUGAUGUGCUGAAAUCUGUGGGUCAACUCGGCAAAGGAUUGGUGAAAAGUGUGCAUUUUAUCAAGGCUCCAAAACUAAGCAGUUGAUUUUUUGUUGGAAUUGUUUGUUUUAUCAUCUGACCAAGUCUUGAGAGAGGCUUAGAAGAGUGGGGCAUAUGUGAGAGGAUCAAAUGGCUUAUUUUUUUGUGGUUUGGUUUAAGGAUUUUUGCCUUACAUGUCGUGGUAACAGGUGGAUAGAAGAGAAGAGAGACUUCCAAAAAUUGUGAGAGUUGAGGAAUAUAAUAGGUCAUAAAUUUGCAUAACAAUAUCUGUUGUGUAUUAUAGAAGGUGCAACAAAAUGUAUUUUUGGUUUUUUAUUGGGACCAUGUAAAGAUUGUGGUACAUUAUUUUUCCAGUUAACACUAACAAAGUUAUGUGUUGUUUUUGUUGACUAUGCUUAUCAUCAAAUUUUUCUCUAAAAGGUCUCCUAUUGGGAUUUGGGAAUGGGAGAAUAUUAUAUAUUUUAAAUAUUUUAGAUUGUAUGCCG